GGCAAGUAGAAGGUAUUGCACGACAGCCAGUUCAGAAUGCUGGAAACCCUUUCUUUGGUAAGGAGACAAGUGCCAUAAAUAACACCAAUAGUUCAUUUCAGAAUUGUAUAAUAUUAAUUCAGAUUAAUAUUUACCAAUAAACUUUUAUUGCCAUUAUUUUUAGUAUUGUAUGUGUUAGAAAAUCAAUAAAAACUUGGUACUGCCUCCUUGCCAUCAACUAAAUAUCUAUGCUCAUCUGAAGAAUAGCAGUUCUGAGGUAGCUUGAUGAACCCACAGAAAUUAUAAUUUAUAAAAUAAAAUAGUUUCCAUUGUAAUCUUUUGUGCAUUCUUAUUUUUCUAAUUGGUAAAAUUAUAUCGGGAGCCACAUGUUCCGCCCACACUUAGUUUAUAAUUUGUUUAAACAAUACUGAGAACGAGUUGGAUAUUCUGAACAGAAAUAAGACACUUUUAAACCAGUUGACCCUAAAAGGCCUCAUAACUUGAACUACUGACAGUGACGUUAAAUAAGCUAUAAAUACAUAAACAAACAAGUAACUUUUCAACUCAUUCCUUAUAGAAACAUUCUACAGUCCUUUCCACUUGCGACAAAAGACGUUAGGCCUACUUCAGCAAAACAUAUCAAUGUUAAAACAGCUUAAGCUUAAUGGUGUAAAGAACUAUCGUCCAUUUUAUUAUAUCGACUAACCAAACAAUGUUUCUAGAACGAGUAGUAGAUAUGGAACUUGAAACUUGCAUUAUGGCGGCGCUGGGUAUAUUAUUAUGUUUGUGAGUAGCUUUUUAUCAGCUUUCACGACGUACAGAAGCUGUAGACGUUUACUUAACGCUAACAUUAGCAAGAGGCGAAAGUGUUCUUAUUGUAAGAGAUAUUCCACCAUCCUGAGAAGAUGACAUCAAACGAAAGCACCAAAAUCACGUUCGGAAUAUUAACAGUUAGUGACAGUUGCUCCCAAGGAAAAGCAGAAGAUAAGAGUGGUCCAAAUCUUGCAGCUCUAAUUACAAAAGGAAUAAUUCACAAUGGAGAAGUUGUUCUCCAGGAAUGUGUACCAGAUGAAAAGGAUCACAUUAAGAGGGUCCUGGAGAAAUGGACUGAUAAUGAAAACGUUGAUGUCAUUCUUACCACAGGAGGAACUGGCUUCAGUUUUCGUGAUGUAACUCCUGAAGCUACUAGAGAAGUCAUACACAGAGAAACAUCUGGAAUGACAAUUGCAAUGUUUAAAAAGAGUCUUGACAUAACGCCAUUAGCAAUGUUGUCAAGGGCAAUCUCAGGUAUUCGUUACAACACCUUGAUUAUCAAUUUGCCUGGCAGCACUAAAGGCUCUCAGGAGUGUCUCGAGAGUGUGGCUGUUUCUUUACCUCACGCUGCUGCUCUUUUGAGUGACAGAAUUGUUCAAGUAAAGUCUACCCACCAGUUGUUACAGUCCAAUAUGGGAAACUGUCCUGGUCAUAAAAGACAGCAUACUCAUCAUGAUGAACAUCAUCAUCAUCAUCAUCAUGAGAAUACUAAGGUGGAUCCAACUCGAGUAGCUCGAAGGGCAAGGGAAUCUCCUUAUCCUCUUAUAGAUGUUGCCACUGCUCAGAAGAUUGUCUUGGAGCAUGCCGAAAUACUGGGUACAGAAAUGUUGACCUACGUCGAGGCUCUGGACCGAGUACUGGCCGAAGACGUGUUUGCUAAAGAUCCUCUUCCUCCAUUCCCUGCAUCCAUUAAGGAUGGAUAUGCUGUACUGGCAAGUGAUGGAGCUGGAAAGCGACAAGUUUUGGGCACCUCUGUCGCAGGAGUGAAGCCUGAGGAUCAAGUUGGAUUGCAACCAGGAGAGUGCCUGAGGAUCAACACAGGAGCACCUGUACCUGCUGGCGCGGAUUGUGUCGUGCAGGUAGAGGAUACGAAAUUGAUCCAGGAAGCAGACGAUGGCAAGACUGAAGUGGAGAUAGAGAUUCUCCUUCCUCCAAAAGUGGGCCAAGACAUUAGACCUAUUGGCAGUGACAUGUCCCAAGGACAGCUCGUGUUACCUCGGGGAUGCGUUGUUAGUUCAUCAGAUUUGGGCCUGUUGGCCACGGCAGGGGUCACAUCUGUUCUUGUGUACAAAUUCCCAGUUGUGUCCAUACUUUCAACUGGAAACGAGAUCCAAGAGCCUGGCAGACCAUUAGAAACUGGUUGUAUUCGUGACAGCAAUAAAAUAACUCUUCUGUCACUAGUGAAGGAACAUGGUUUUUCAGCAUUGGAUUUAGGAAUAGCUAGAGAUGAUCCACAGUCUGUUCUAAUGAAGCUGAAAGAAGCAUUAGCUUGCAGCGACAUGGUUGUGACUACUGGUGGUGUUUCUAUGGGAGAGAAGGAUUUACUGAAAGAAGUUCUUGUGGCAGAUCUUGGUGCUGUUAUCCACUUUGGACGUGUUAAAAUGAAGCCAGGCAAACCAACAACAUUUGCAACUUGCAUAUUUGAAGGAAAGAAGAAGCUUGUGUUAGGUCUACCUGGAAAUCCAGUAUCAGCAACUGUAACUAGUCAUUUAUAUUUGCUACCAGCAAUGAGGAAAAUGUCUGGUUAUGCUUCACCAUUUGGAACAGUGAUUAAGGCAACUACUGAUGAAGAUAUAGUCCUGGACCCAAGACCAGAAUACCACAGAGCAGUGUUGACUUGGCUGCCUGACAGUCCAGUUCCCAAAGCAGUGAGCACAGGAAAUCAGAUAAGUAGUCGACUGUUGAGCCUUUUAUCUGCCAAUUGUCUUAUGAUACUUCCUGGUCGAACUGAAAAGUUACAAGUAUUGCCUGCAAGGACACAAGUGGAUGCUUUGAUUAUAGCACGUUUGUGAUGGACGUAAAGGAAAACAAUAAAAGGCUGAUGGAUACAUGUAUAAUAAAAGUACACAGAGAAAAACAUUGAGUGAUCUCCAGAAUGUCACAAAAUGAAGCAUACAAAAAAUGAUAAGAAGGUAAGGAAAAGUAAAUAUAAAAUUUGAGAGGUAAUAGGAUUAAAGGAAACAAAAGUAAAAGGCUGAUAAAUUCAUGAAAACUGUGUAGAAGAUGGAGCAUUCUGUGGAAUGCUAGAAAAAGUGUACUUACAAGGAUGAAUACUUGAGUGUUAUGUAAAAUUUGUAGGUUUGUGUAUGGCAGUAUGUUGAGAGGUCACUACAUGACCAUUCAUCAGAAAAAGAAUAAUGGAAUUGUAUUGUACUUAAUAUUAUAAUAUGUAAUUAUAUUUGUUUAAUAUUUAAUAUAUUAUUUUAUAGUGUACUGUAUUCUGUUUAAUAUUUAUUUGUAAAUAAAUUGUUGUAUGUGUGUGUAUCAAUAUACAUACCUUCCUGGACAGACAUCUGAUAGCCAUAGAGAAAUGAACAGAGGAUUUAAAUUGGCUUGUCAACUUCCAAAGAUGAAAAAUUAAUGUUCCAGGCACUCUACAGUUACAAAAUUUGCCAUGUUUGCAACAGCAUUCAUAGAAUGAAAAACAAGAUUUUAAGAGUAUCCAGUGUACACUUACAGGUGCAUUUGGGAGGACUUAUAAAUGUCACAUGUAAUCAAAACUAAAGUGACACGAAAGAACUUUUACAUUUGAAUUGUUCCGUGUAAAUAAAAAAACUUGACUGAAUAGUUAUGUUAUAGUAAAUAAAUACUGAAAAUUCAUA